UCCCUCCAAACUUAGACUAUUUUCCCUCCAAAAGUAUAUGCUCUGUCUCUCUGUCUUCCUUUCUUCGAAAGAGCAUAACACUCAGCCCUAUUGAAGCCAAAAGUUGAGAUUGGAACAACAAACGCAUAUCAAAUCUGAAUCGUAUCUAUAGCAACAAACAAUUAUCAGGAAGUAAUAAUGUUCUUAAGGCGCAACAGUGAUACACAAUCACCUUCUUUCUAUGAUUCAAUAACCGAGUCUUCGCUUGUCACUGUGAAUUUAUCACGGGGGAAUUAUGAAGCGUACACCAGAUAAGCAUUACGUUGGAGGAAACAUGGAUUACAUUAACUAUGUAAACACUGCAGAAUUGAAUCUUGUUGAAUUCAAGAAGAUGGCAGAGAUAUGUGGUUACGCAAAUGAUUCGAUAACUUUUUGGCAUAGGUUUGGAAGGCCUCGUAAUUGAUGGAAGUUGAUCUCUACAGAUUUUGAAGCCUACACAGUUGGCAAAAACAUCCAAAAGGACAAUGUGCUUGAAAUAUACUUUGAACAUUUGGAUUCUUACUUUCAAAUGGACAAAGUGGAUUCAGUAAAUCAAUCAAAUAUUGGAGAAAAUGACAAACAACAGACUUUGUGUGAAAAUUCAUCAUGUGAUGAUUUUAGUGACUCGGAAGCUGAUUUAGCUGAUGAUGUUCUAGUUGAUACACAUGGGAAGAGGAAUCAAAGCUAUCUGGAAGAGAGAGAGCUCCGUAGUGAUGAAAUAAAGAGAAAGAUGGUUGAUAUAGAGGGGGAUUCUGAUUGUGUUGAUUCUGAAGACACAGAGAGUUUGAAUAGUGAUUCUGAAACUGAAAGUUUCAACUUUCCUCAGUACAAUCCAAAGACCGAUGGAGAUAACCCAGUAUUAGGUCUAGAAUAUGUCUUUGAGACAAAGGACUUUAAAAAUGCUGUAGAAACUCAUGAGAUUAAGAAUGGAAAGUACAUCCGAUGGAACAGGAAUGAUAGUAUAAGAAUGGAGGCAAUGUGCAUACACCAUCCAGAAUGCAAAUGGAAAAUCAAGGCUUCUAGAAUGCAAAGAGAUAAGGCUUUCCAGAUUAGAACUUACGAUCCUACACAUACUUGUAAGGAGUGGCAUCAUGAAAAUAGAACGAUCACUUCAUCUUUCAUUGCAAGAAAGUACCUCAAAGAAGUUGGAUCAAACAGGAAUUGGAGAGUGGCGGAAUUCAGGGAUAGGGUAAGUGUUGAACUAAAAGCUCAUGUGACGUUAUCUCAAGCUAAACGAGCUAAGAUGAAAGCGAUUGCAUUAAUUGACGGUGAUAUUAAAGAUCAAUAUAAAAUGAUGUGGGACUAUUGCAAUGAAAUUGAUAGAACAAAUCCAGGUAGCACGAUUUACAUGAAGCUCACUGAUAAUGAGGUCCCCAAUGAGCCACAGAGAUUUCAGAGAAUAUAUACUUAUUUUACUGCUUGUAAGCUUGGCUUUAGAGCGGGUUGUAGAAAAAUUGUAGGUGUGGAUGGAUGUUGGUUGAAGGGCCCAAUGUAUGGGACUCAGUUGUUAUCUGCAGUUGGCAUCGAUGGUAACAACAAUAUAUUUCCUGUUGCCUACGCAAUUGUAGAAAAGGAAAGCAAAGAGACAUGGGCCUGGUUUUUGAAUCAUUUAGCUACUGAUUUGCAUAUACAUGAGAUUGGUUAGACCUUUAUGUCAGACAAACAAAAAGGUCUUAUUGAAGCUUUUAAUGAUGUUUUGCCUCAUGUGAGCCAUAGCUUUUGUGUGAGAUACCUUCAUAACAAUUUUAUAAAGGCUGGCUUUGGCGGUUCCACAUUAAAAAAGGCACUUUGGGCUGCUGCAAAGUCUUGUACUGUGAGAAAAUUUGAUGAUUGCAUGAAAAAUAUUUCAAAGUUAGAUCUUGAUGCUGCUACUUGGUUAAAUGACAAAGAACCUAGCGAAUGGUCUAGGUCGCAUUUCUCUUCAGAUGAUAAGUGUGACAUCUUACUAAAAUAAUGUGUGUGAAGUGUUUAAUAGAAUGAUACUUGAUGCUCGAGAUAAGCCAAUUGUGACACUUUUGGAGAAAGUGCGCUAUCUACUCAUGGCUAGAAUGCAAGCUAAUAGGGAAAAAGCACAUAAAUGGAAAUCGGGUGAUGUUUGUCCUAGGAUCAAGGAUAUAUUACACAACAAUCAGAUUGCAGCUGCUGAAUAUAUCCCUAGAAAAUCUAAUCACUAGAGCUAUGAAAUUUUAGGAGCUACAAUUACGGACAAUUGGGCAGUUGACUUGGAGAAUAAAUCUUGCAGUUGUAGAAAAUGGAGUCUCACUGGGAUCCCUUGCAAGCAUGCUAUUGCAGCAAUUUGGGCUAAAAAGGAUAACAUUCUUGACUAUGUUCAUGAUUGUUACAAGGUGGAAACAUAUAGAAGAAUUUAUGAAAAUUCAGUUCUUCCAAUGAAUGGACCACAAAUGUGGCCUAAGUCAAGUAAAGUUCCUCCUCUGCCUCCAAGGAUUAUAAAAGAUAAUAAGAGAGGAAGAAAACAAAAAGUGAGAAGAAAGGAACAAGAUGAAGUUGGAGCUAGUCGAACAAAGAUGAAACGAAAGCAAAAAUCUCUAGAUUGUAGUACAUGUCACAAACCUAGCCACAAUACAAGGACUUGCAAAUAUAAUGUUGUGCCACCAGAAACUCCUCUUCAUUUCGGCCGAAACUACAUGUAAUAUCGAUUGUUAUAAUAGCAUUUGGUUUUUAUUUAAUAAUCCUAAACUAGCAUAAAAAUGAUUUGUUAUUCUUUUUCAAGUUAGAAGAGGACAGGAUGAAGUUGUACAAGGAGUAGUAGAACAGGAACAAAUGGGAUAUGCCGAAGUAGAAAUUGGACCAGAUUUUGUUUGGGAAAAUUCUCAAUGUACACAACAAAGUGGACCUACUUUUUGAAGCUAUAACAGUUUUUUGGGAAUUGCUUGCUGCUCGCGCGGGAAUUGUUUAGCUGCUGUGUUUGUUGGUUUGGCUGUUGUUUUUUAUGAAGAUGAUGGCAAUUUAGAUGUUGUUUUUCCCGGAGUUUGGCUGCUAUUUUUUGCUGUAAUUUACAUGCUGUUUUUGCUGAAAAUGAUAACAAUUUGGAUGUUGAUUUUGGCUACUGUUUUUGCUGGAAUUUACCUGCUGUUUUUGCUGAAAAUAACAGCAAUUUGCAUGCUGUUUAAG